GAGUUUUGGCCCAGCGCGGAAUCCGUGACCGGAAGGGGCGGGGCUAUUACUGCGUCUUCUUCUUCCGCCCGGACUCGUCUCAUUGAGGAAGGACACGGCUGUGGUGGAGGUUUACUAAACGACGCCAUCAUGUCACAGGGACUUCUGGCUAAACCUCAGAUGAGAGGCCUUCUGGGCAAGAGGUUGAGAUUCCACAUUGUUGGGGCCUUCAUCUUUUCCAUCAGUGUCGUGGCGCUGUACAAGUUUGGAGUGGCAGAGCCAAGGAAGAGGGCGUAUGCCAACUACUAUAAGAAUUACGAUGCAGUGAAGGAGUUUGAAGCCAUGAGGGAGGCUGGAGUGUUUCAGGGUGUGAGGCCCAAGGGAGAAUGAGACCACAUUCCAGGAAGAUUCUGAAUUGCUCCAUGUGCUGAAAAUGCUUGAUGUAUAUUACAAUUUCCAGUGCAGGUGAACACCACUGGACUUCUUUCUACUGUUCUGUAAAUGUGUUUAAAUAAAACAUUGAAAUCCUGAA